GGCAGACAGCGGGCCAGGCCCAGCCGCCUCCCCCCGCGCGGCCCUUUGUGAGGCGGCCGAGCCGGGCCACCCGUCUCCCCGCCGGCGCCGCACAUUAAUAUGCUUCACCAGCAGCUCCCGCGGCGGGCGGCUCCGCUGCUGCGGCUCAGGCGCCGCCGAACGCUGCCAGCCCUAUGCAAAUCAGGGAUCGCAGAACACACCAAUGGGAGCCGCGCUCGCCGGCCGGCUCCGCCAAUGGGAGCUCGGCGCCGGGCUGCAUAUCCUCCAGCCGCCGGGCUGGGCUCUUGUCACUGCAGCUGCGGGCGGCGCGCGGCGCGGAGCUGGGCCCGAUCCGGAGCGGGAGCGGGCGCGGGCAGGCAGCGGCAGCGACUCCAGCCCCCCCCCGGGAGCGGCUCCGGCCAUGUCCGGCCGAGGCAAGUCUGGCGGCAAAGCCCGGGCCAAGGCCAAGUCGCGCUCGUCGCGGGCUGGGCUGCAGUUCCCCGUGGGCCGCGUGCACCGGCUGCUGCGCAAGGGCAACUACGCGGAGCGGGUGGGCGCCGGCGCCCCGGUGUACCUGGCGGCCGUGCUGGAGUACCUGUCGGCUGAGAUCCUGGAGCUGGCGGGCAACGCGGCGCGGGACAACAAGAAGACGCGCAUCAUCCCGCGGCAUCUGCAGCUGGCCAUCCGCAACGACGAGGAGCUCAACAAGCUGCUGGGCGGCGUCACCAUCGCGCAGGGCGGCGUCCUGCCCAACAUCCAGGCCGUGCUGCUGCCCAAGAAGACGCAGAGCUCCAAGAAGUGAGGCCCAGCCCCGAGCCCCCGCCGGGCCUGCCCUGCCCCGGCCCCGCGGCGGGGAAGAGCGGCUGGAACAGCGCCCGCCCGGCUCCCUCCUCCCGCCGGCCCGGCCCGGCUCGGCUCUCGGCUGCUGCCCGGACUCUCGGCCCCGCAGCUGGCCCGGGUCCCACCCCCGCCCCCUUGUCUCUCCCGUGGGGGAGAUGGGCCCCAGCGCUUCCUCCCUCCCUCUGCCCUUGUCCUCUUCGGGUUGAUUUCUUCUUCCACCACGGACUGGGAAAGGGGAACCCAUUUUGCACAGUGGAGGCUCCGGACUGUGGCAGGGCUUCGUCCCUUCCCUCCCCCGUGUUGGGCCGCCUCGUCUUUUCCAUCCCUGCCCAGUGAUGCACCUGGAAACCUGCCUCUGCCCUGCCCCAGGGAGCCCGUCUGCUUGUGCCCCUGGAUGUAGGGGGCAGAGCGGCCUCUCCUGCUCCCUUGUGUUUUUUUGCACGAGUGACCAGCCCCUUCUCUGCUGGCCUGGCUGCAUCCCAGAGCCAGCAGGUCCCUGAGGGCGGCGAUCGUACCUGCUGUUGCUGCACAUCCCCAUGAAUGUGACCACAGAUGGACUCGCUGAGAUCAGGCUGGGCAGGAAGGCCCGACGUUUCUCUCCGGCCAAGAAACAUCUUUCAGAUGGUGUCUUGUUUCCCAUGAGGGAUGAUGGGUGGGGGGGAGGUGUCACCACCUGCAGAAGAGCCCCAAUUCUUUCUCCUUCUCUGUUCCUUUUUGUUGCCGUGUCGUUCUGAAUUACCUCCUUGCAAAGUCACCUUACUGUAGCUGCGUGGCCUAGCUCGCGUUCUCACGGGGUGUCGUAGGACUUUAGUUAUGUCUCCUCCAGGAGAGUGGGGUCUGCUAUGGUUUGGGGGUCAAGGGGGUGUGCUUAAAGAGCAUGUCAAGGUCAGGGGCUUCCUGCAGACGGGGAGUGCUGUUUCUGUUGUGCGUUUUGUUUUUUGUGUUCCUUCCUGGUUGGAUCAAUAGUUCUAUGUUGCAGAACCAUUUAUUUUUUAUGGAGACUUAGCGUUUGUAUCCUAGUUGCACUUUAACAUGACAUGCAGUGUUUUUGUUCGACACUACUUCUAGUACUUAAAAUAAAGUGCUAAUUAUACAUCUGUUAACUGUAAUCCUCCUUAAUGGAUUAGCAUUUUUUGUUUGGGGUUUCUUUUUUUCUUUUCCUUCUCUAUCUGAAAAACUUUGGACUUCAUAUGAGAAUCUAGUUAAUGUGGUGUUUAUUAUAUGGCUAUUUGGGUAACGUAUGAGCAUGAAAGUCAGCCUAGCUGUCCCGUGACACAUAGUAGCUGUGAUCUUCUAGAAAUUGGUAUAAAUAGCAGCCUUGCUCGCUGUGGUGAGAGCAGUUUGCUUACGUGAAAGGUUGAUAGAAAUUAUGUGCAUGCAGCAGUGUGUCUAGGCUCUUGGACAGUAGAACUUAAUAACCUUAUUAAAAGUACAAUGGGCAACUGUGUCUGUGCUGUAAGUAGCAUGUGUUCAACCUAUCAAAUCAGCUGUUAAUCUUGUGGAUGAAGUAACUUGCUCUGGCUCUGACUCGAUUUUUAAUAUUAAAAUUUACCUAGAGUAGAUGAACUUGGAUGCUUGUUAACUGGUUUUUAUGAAGGGUUUUUUCACUCCAUGCGUAGAAUGUGGAAAAGGUACAUUGGCGUUGUGUAGUGAUAAUGGAGAAGUAGACCUUGAUACGUCAUUGGCUGUCUGCUUGGUUCUCUGGUCCCCCAUCUUCCCGGUGCAGACCUUGGAAAAAGCUCUCGUGUCUGGGCAGUGGUCUUGCUGCUGUGACACUGGACCAACUUAGAUUUCAUUCCUCCUGUAAACUGGAUGUUCAUCCUCCUGGGGUGGGUGGGGGUGGGAAUUAUGUGUUCACACGCAAACCACUUUUGUUUCUAGGGAGUGAAGAAUCGGAAGUAUCUGUAUCUAUGUCCUGUGUUCUCUCUCUCUCUCUCUCUCUCUUUCUUUUUCUUUCUUUCUUUCUUUUUUCCUUUUCUUUCUGUUUUUGUUUUUGUUUGUGGUUUGGUCUCUUCUUUUUCCUCCAGGACCAGCAUUCUGUACAAUUCAAAGGAGAUUUGCUUUGUAUUUCUUAGAAAAUGCGGAACUUGUGAUACUGAAAAAAGAACAGUGCAAAGCCAAUAUCUGAUUAAACUGGUUCAGUAUUGAA